ACCCUAGCCAAGCACAAGCCAAGUUCUACUUCCCUGGUGCUUGGUCUAACACAUUCUUAUACAUCCCUUCCCAUACCAAAAGCCUCUGCUAAUUCGAAAAAGAUGCCGUCACAAGUGUCAGAUAUGAUGGAGCCUUUGAGGGGAGUUAGAGAUGGGUACUUGAUAUCACUUAACUUGGGGACACCCCCACAAGUCAUUCAGGUUUACAUGGAUACUGGGAGUGAUCUUACUUGGGUUCCUUGCGGGAAUCUUUCUUUUGUUUGCAUGGAUUGUGAUGACUAUAGGAACAACAGACUAAUGCCCACAUUCUCUCCUUCCGCUUCCUCUUCAUCACUUAGAGACCUCUGUGGUAGCUCCUUUUGCCUUGACAUCCAUAGCUCAGAAAAUUCUAUCGAUCCGUGCACCAUAGCCGGAUGCUCACUCACUACCCUUCUUAAGGCCACAUGUCCUAGACCAUGCCCUUCAUUUGCUUACACUUAUGGGGGAGGUGGGGUUGUCACAGGGACACUUAGUAGAGACACACUUAGGGUUCAUGGAAUUAGUAGCACUCCCGAUAAUGUUGUCACAAGGGAAAUUCCCAAGUUUUGUUUUGGGUGCAUUGGGUCUACUUAUAGAGAGCCUAUUGGGAUUGCAGGGUUUGGUAGGGGGUCACUUUCCCUCCCAUCCCAAUUAGGGUUCCUUCAAAAGGGCUUCUCUCAUUGUUUCUUGCCUUUCAAGUAUGCAAACAACCCUAAUAUUUCAAGUCCACUAGUUGUAGGAGAUGUUGCUAUUUCUUCCAAGGAAAACUUGCCAUUCACUCCAAUGUUGAAGAGUACCAUGUACCCUAACAACUACUACAUAGGUCUAGAGGCUAUCACAAUAGGUAAUGCCAGUGCAAUUACCCAAAUGCCCUUAAGCUUGAGAGAGUUUGAUGCUCAAGGCAAUGGGGGAAUGUUGAUCGACUCAGGAACCACUUAUACUCAUUUGCCUGAACCACUUUACUCUAACCUUCUCUCACUUCUCCACUCAGUGAUUUCAUAUCCUAGAGCCAAGGAAAUGGAGACAAAGACUUCUUUUGAUCUUUGUUAUGUGGUCCCAUACACAAUCAAUACUCUCACAAAACCUGAUGACCUAUUUCCUUCAAUCACUUUCCAUUUCUUGAAAAAUGUGAGUCUUGUUUUGCCCCAAGGCAAUCACUUUUAUGCCAUGGGAGCUCCAGCCAACUCCACUGUGGUCAAAUGCUUGUUGUUCCAAGCCAUGGAUGAUGAAGAUUAUGGGCCAGCUGGGGUGUUUGGGAGCUUUCAGCAACAAAAUGUAGAGGUUGUUUAUGACCUUGAGAAAGAGAGAAUUGGGUUUCAACCAAUGGACUGCGCUUCGGCUUCCGCCUCUCAAGGACUGCACAAAAAAUAA